AUGGUAUGCAAAAAAUUCGAAGGAAAGGCUAGAUUUGCUGGCGAUGAUGCCCCAAGGGCAGUGUUUCCCAGUAUUGUUGGCAGUCCUCAUCAUACUGGUGUUAUGGUUGGGAUGGGUCAGAAGGAUGCUUAUGUAGGUGAUGAAGCCCAGUCUAAAAGAGGUAUCCUCACUUUGAAGUACCCAAUAGAACAUGGUAUUGUUAGCAACUGGGAUGAUAUGGAGAAAAUUUGGCAUCAUACCUUCUACAAUAAGCUCCAUGUUGCCCCUAAAGAACACCCAGUACUUCUUACUGAGGCACCACUCAACCCAAAGGCCAAUAGGGAGAAGAUGACCUAA